GAUGUUAAUUGCGUAACAUAUUUCAGCAAAUGAGUGGAGAAAUCACCAUGCGGGCCCACAGAACCAGACCAGCAAUGAAUCAACUUCUCCUGUUAAAGUCGUUGACAUCUCCAACAACAGCUAUGUCAACAUAAGUCAGCUGUAUUCAGAAACUCACCAGAAAUAUGACAGAAAUCAGAAUUCUGCCUCCUAUCCAGACCAGAAUCUGAAAGAGAAAGGAUACAAGCUGAAUUUUCUUGAGACAAGUAGGAAGAUGCUGAACAGUUCUAAAACCCAAACAAUUGGGGAAAUCCAGAAAAUAAACUGUCCCAGUACUAAGACACCCUCAGGACAGGAACCAACAAACACUCUAGCCAAGAUGUUAAGUCCAAAAUACCUCUCUUCGUUUGGGGAUCAUGUUAAUUAUGGAAGAGACCCACGUCUUAGUAACACACCAACAUGGAAGCCAGCAUUAUCUUCAGUUUCUGAUAAAAAGAGCGAGACAGCCAACAAUUCCCAGCUCAUAUCAGAUAGUGGCCAUUUUGAAUCAACAGUCGGCGGACAUUUUGUACCUGCAGAAGAAAGCCCUCAGCUGAUUUCAACAUCGUAUUUACCUAAUAUACCUGGCAAACCUUUGAGUCCUACCGUGAAAACAGUAACCUCUACACCCUCACCCAACUCUAAACCCUAUCUAAGGAAUGAUGGUGUAAUAUAUGCAGAAUAUGUGGCUAAACCAUCAGAGAAAAUAAAGGAUGUAGAAAUUACAGAGGAUGAUUUGGAUAAGAAUGAGGAUGAGAAAGAGGAUGAUAGAGAGGAUGAAAGAGAGGAUGAACUUGCGAAAAUGUCAAUAGCUCAACGUCGAAAAAUCCUCGAAAACGCUUUUAUCAAGCCAAGAAGAGAAAUUAGAAGAAGAGCAAGCUGUGAAGAUAGAGAAGAAAUUAACACAGCAGAAGAAAAUAGUUCGCCCUGGCACGGGAAUAAGCCGUUUCUCCUUCCGGGUAUACAGAUUCGACAGGGAGAUCAAGUGGGCCGACAUGAAGACCACGUGGGCCGACAUAAAGACCACGUGCACCGACAUGAAGAUCACGUGCGCCGACAUGAAGAUCACGUGUGCCGACAUGAAGAUCACGUGGGCCGACAUGAAGAUCAAAUGGGCCGACAUGAAGAUCACGUGCACCAACAUGAAGAUCACGUGGGCCGACAUGAAGAUCAGGUUGGUGGAUAUGCAGAAUAAAGAUCAUCUAUGCUAUCCUGCCGAUCCGCUAUACCAGGAUAUUUUUAGUAAACUCACAAUAAAUGAAUUAUGUAAUAUGACUUAACAUGAAACUGUAAUGGUUUAAAACACAUUUUGAUUUUAAUUUAUCAACAAAUAUAUUUUAUUUAUUUUG